AUGGAUUCUACCUGUAGCAUGGAUAAACCACACCCAUUUGAUACAUCUUUUGACUCCAUUAUCGAAUAUGCGUUUGAUUAUUCUAAAGAUGAGAAUCUAGAGUAUUUAAAGGAAUCUGAUAAUAUAUUUACGUUUUUAAACUUCCUGAGGGAGAUAUGGACUCAUAUGAUGGAUUCCUCAAAGUGUCCAUCAUUAAAAGGAGAAUCGGGCCAUAAGCACUUGCCUUUUAUGAGCAGCGAUAGUACAAGGAAGUUCGUGUCGGACAGCAUACUCAAAUUCCUGGAAACGCACAGGGAGGAGCUGUCGCCAGUGUCGAGGGAGAGCGAAAGCCCCUCCGCGGGACUGUCGAAUAUCGCACAAGGACACCUGCUGACCUGCUUUAAGCUGUUGUCCUCGUUUUUAAUGCAAAAACACACACACUCGAAGCACUCGAUAUAUGCGCUGAUUAACCUGGUGAAGGUGCUCAUGAACAUGGUGCCCUCGGCACUAGACUUGUCGAGCUCACUUGACUUUUUGACAGAUUUAGUGAAGACGCUGUCGCUGGAAGACUGUAUGGUGUUCAGCGAGUUCGUGGUAGAAAUGACGGACUACUUCUACAACCAGUUCAACGACGCGGAGAUGAGGCAGUCUAACACGAGAAUCGUCCAGACGUGCGAGGCGAAGCUGAUAGGACUAGUCAAACUGUUUGAAACGACGUUUGAGCAGGCGCCGGGCGGGGUGGACUACUCAACGAACGUGUUCAAUUUGAGGUUUUUGUUGACACACUCGUUGUCGACAUCACACUUGGGAAUUUGCAACAAGCAGUCAGUAGCAACAGAGGCAGCAUUGGUGAAUAAAAUGGGCCAUGAAGAGUGGAGUAAGCUGGACAGAACAGCUACCAGAACCAGGUGUGAAAGCAUAUCGGACUACGAAAUAGCCUCAUACGAGUCAGUGGCAUCGCCAAUAAGAACGAACAUGCCGUCAAACCAAAUAUACGACAUCAAGUCGCUCUUAUCUAAAUCAGUGGAAUCGUUUGAGGUAGAAAAUAGAAAAUGUGUAGACAAAGGGGAUAAGGGAAACGUUAAAAGUGUAAAAAUACCAUCAUAUGAAGUCUAUUCGAACUACUGUGAUAUUUACAACUUCAUUCAGAACCCGGAGAUAAUACUGGUGAAGACUCAAGAGUACGUUGACGACUUGCAAAAAUGGUACAAUAAUGUGUUGUCACACAUAAACGCACUGGCGGAGACGUCGAAUAAUGAUAAAAUAACACUUAGAAUGAGCGAUUUUGAUUUCAAUGUGAACGUAAACCUCGUCGAGUUCGAUGGAGGUAUAUCAGAUUUUGUGAACAAGAGCAUGAAUUUAAAGUUCUGGUCCAAUUUCCUAAUAUUCUCAAGCCUGGCCUUGCAGACGCUAAGGGUGUAUCAUAAGAAAGAUGAGUCGACAGCCUAUGAACUGUUAAAGGAGAAGUGUGUGACUGUGUUAAACAGCAUUGAUAAAAAUCUGUGGACGACAAUGGCAAAAAUCAGUAACACAGCGGAAGUAGCAAGAACAAUAUUGCAGAAGGAACAGUUAUGGAUGAACUGGAAGAUGAAUGGAUGUAAGGAUGAGUUUAACACAUUGACUGGAGAUGAAUUGACAAUGGUAGAGGAUAAUAACAAUUUCAGCAAAGAUGAAGAAAGUGGACUCGAGGAUGAGGACGGAGAAGGAGAAUUGGACUUUGUUGACCAAAAUAACCUGUUGAAUACACUAAGAGAGCUUGAAAAAAUAUCUUACGAAUUCGGAGAUGAGGAUUCUACAAUCGGAAUCAACUACGUCCCAGUGAUAUCGGACAUGGAGUUGAACAAGGAAUCAAUAUACUGGUACAUCCACGAGGAGGAUCAGACCAAAGUGGAGAUGAACUGCGAUCAGCAGCUGAAACGUAAAUUUGAAGACUACUGCAAGAAGCUGGAAAUCGACGAGGAUCCGGAAAAUGAUAUAGCGGAACCGGAAAAAAGUAAACACAACCCACUCUUUAAAUUUAGAUUCGGAAGACUCUUCGGAGUCAACCACGUGGAAAAGUUCGUGGAAAUGACCAAUGAGGAUAUAGGGACGGGAAGCAUAGAAUCUAUGAGAAGAGUGGCAAAGAAGAGUAAAAUGGAGGAACCGGAGGAAGCAUCAUCGAAAGGAAGUAAAAAGCAGCAGUAA